AUGGUGAAGAUUAGUGAAAUAGCACGUACUUCAACAUUUGCUUGGAGUCUGAAAAAUUUACCCUUAUUAGCAGCCGGUACGGUAGCAGGUGCAGUUGAUAUCAACUUUAGUUCAUCCGCCACUUUAGAGUUAUGGGAUAUAUUCUCACCAACAAAUAAGACAGAACCAAUAUUUUCCGCCACAGUUGAUAAUAGAUUCUAUGCAUUGGCCUGGUCAAAACCGUUUGAAGGCAGACCCCAGGGCUUAUUAGCUGGUGCCUUUGAAAACGGGACAGUUGAGUUUUGGGAUGCUGAUGUUUUAAUUAAAACAAAAGACCUUGCUAAGGCUUCUGUUCAUAAAUCCAAUAAACACACUGGUGCUGUUAAAUCUUUGCAGUUUAAUCCAAUUCAAAAUCAUGUAUUGGUGACUGGUGGAUCAAAUGGUCAAAUUUUUAUUUGGGAUACCAAAACCUUCAGUGAACCAUUUGCCCCAGGACAAGCAAUGACACCAAUGGAUGAAAUCACAUCCGUUUCUUGGAACAACUCAGUUAGUCAUAUUCUUGCUAGUACUGGAAAUGGCGGUUACACCUCUAUUUGGGAUUUAAAGACGAAAAGAGAGGUUUUGCAUUUAUCCUACACUGGUGCUGGAGGUAGAGCUAACUUUUCAUACGUUUCCUGGCACCCUUCCCAGUCCACAAAAUUGAUUACUGCAAGUGAUAACGAUUCCUGUCCCCUUAUAUUGACGUGGGAUUUGAGAAAUUCCAAUGCUCCAGAAAAGAUCUUGGAAGGUCAUAAAAAGGGGGUUUUAUCCUUAGAUUGGUGUAAGCAAGAUCCAACUUUGUUACUUUCAAGUGGUAAGGAUAAUUCGACUUUCUUGUGGAAUCCUAUUGAAGGUAUCAAGUUAGGAGAGUAUCCAACUACAGCAAAUUGGGCAUUUGAAACCAAGUUUGCCCCAGCUGCUCCUGAUAUUUUUGCCACUGCAUCAUUUGAUGGUAAAGUUGUUGUUCAAACCAUUCAAGACACCUCACCUUCUGUGUCCACUAAAGUCGCCUCAACUGACGACAAUGAAUUUUGGAGUGAAUUAUCAACUACUGAGACCCAGCAGCCGGUAUUUGAAGUCAAACAAGCACCUAAUUGGCUUAAAAAUCCAAGCAACGUUUCAUUUGGAUUUGGUUCAAAAUUGGUGAUAAUCAAUACUGACUCCAGUGGUAAAUCCACUGUCAAGGUUGACAAAUUUGUUGCCAAGGGACAAGAAAAAACCGAAAAAUUGUUUAAAGAUUUGAAAAAUGACAACUACUCUUCUCUCAUUCAAGAUAAGUUAGAAGGAGAGACCGUUAAUGAAAAUAACAAAUCUGAUUGGGAGGUUUUGAAGCGUCUAUCUGAAACAGGUAAAGAGUCGUUGUUCGAAGAUGCAAAUAAUGAUGAAAAAGAAGCAACUUCUCCAGAAACCAAAAAAGAAAAUGGGGAAGAUGAUUUCUUUGAACAUUUGGGUAAUGGAGAAACAGCCAAAAAAGAAGAAGUUUUUGUACCUGAAGGAAAUUUCAAGAUUUUCACAAAUAAUGAAAACGAGGACAGUAAAAAGUUGAUCAAUUUGAUUUUGCGUAACAAGACUGAGGAAGCUGUUUCAUCGUGUUUGGAGCAAAAGAAGCUUGUGGAAGCUUUAGUUUUGGCUUUGGAUGGCUCAGAUGAUGUUAAACAACAAGUGAAGAAUGCGUAUUUUAAAAAGAACAAGGAGAAUAAUCUUUCUCGUGUCAUUUACAAUGCCUCUACCAAGAAUGUUACUGACCUUGUUGCCCAUGCCAACGUUGAGAAUUGGAAAGAAGUUGCUGUUGGUAUUAGCUCAUUUACAACUGACUCGUCUGAAUAUAACAGCAAAAUGUCAGAGUUGGGUGAUCGUAUCUUGAAAGCCAAAGAUGGCAAAAGAAAUGAUGCUGUUGUUUGUUAUUUGGCAGGUGGGGCUUUGGAUAAAAUUUCAAAUCUCUGGUUGCAAGAAUUGCCUGAUUAUGAGUCUGAAUUAUUGAGUUUGAAAUCUGAAGAAAUCACUUCUCCUUCAGAUGCCCGUCUUCAAGCCUUGACCAACUUUGUUGAAAAAGUAGCAACCUACAGAUAUAUCACAAAGUCAACCGGUGAAUUCUCUGGACCAAUGGUUGAACCACUUGCUAAAGCAAUUUUAGAAUUUGUUAACUUGGUUGCUGGUAGUGGAGACUUUGACUUGGCUAAUAAGUUUUUACAGUUGUUGCCAAGCGAGUUUUCUGGAACUGAAAAGGAAAGAAUAUUAAAGGCAACCUCCAAAGCUGUUGAACCUGCUUCUGCUGUUAAGUCAUCUGCUAAUGCAAAAAUUGCCAAGCCUGCUUCUUCAAGCGGUCAAACUAGAGCAUCAAUUAAUGCUGUCCCAGCUCCAGCUUAUGCUCCUCCUGUUCAAGCUCCUCCUGUUCAAGCUCCUCAACCACCAUUAGUGCAACAGCAACAGCAACAACAACAGCAACAGCAACCUAAUCGCUAUGGCUACGCCCAACCAACAUACGCUGGUGCAGCACCAAAGACAAAUCCAUAUGCCCGUACUAAUCCAUAUGCUCCAAGCAACAAUAUUUAUAAACCAGCAUCUCCAGUUGCUACUCCAUCUAGUUUAAGUGGUACUACCAGUGGUGUACCUCCACCUCCACCAAAAGCAAGUUACAAGCAUGAGACUGAAGGCUGGAAUGAUUUACCAGACACAUUUAAGGCCAAGACGGCUGCUCCACGUAGAGCUGCUGCUGCUGCCACUCCUCCGGUAUCUACUCCUACGCCUGUUUCUGCUCCAGCUUUUGGGUCUCCUGGACAACCACCAUCUGCUCCAAGUCAACCAGGAAGUGUUGGAUCAGUUUCAUCUGCUGGUUAUCCUAAGAAAACAUUCUCAGCAACGAAUGUUCUUCCACCUCCGCCUAAAAGUAUCAGUCGUUCUACCUCGAGAACAACGGUUCCAACUUCUUCAACCGUUCCAGCUUCACCAAAACCCACUCCUGUCUCGAAUAAGUAUGCACCUGCAGUUACCUCGGAUGCUCUGCAACCUCCAUCAUCAGGAUUUGCGUCUCCAACAUUGAAUUCAUCUCCUCGUUUGGCUAAGAACCCUUAUGCACCAAGUGUCACAGAGCAAUUACCACCUAAGAUUUCGUACGCCACACCUCCAGCUCAUCAUUUGGCAAAUAAUGGACCUUCAACUCCUUCAUAUGCGCCACCAAAGAAUCCAUACGCAGUUCCUCCAAGCACAUCAGUUUCUCAUGCUGGUAUUGCUCCACCACCACCAGCACCUAAAUUAGGCUCGGCUGCUCCUCCACCACCACAACCUUUUGGAUCAAGCAUGUCAAUGCCUGUACAACCUGCCUUCAAUGGAGUUCCUCCUCCACCACCUCCAGUUGGUCGUGCUGUGUCAACCCCUGCAGCUGCUAAAAUUGAGCAACCGCCAGCAAGAGAGCCAGAGUUGCCAGUCCAAUCAAAACAUCCAAAGGGGGAUAGAACCCAUAUUCCGGAAAACUCGUUGCCAAUUUACAAUUCUUUGACCAAUGUGCUUGAGGCUAUAAAGCCGAACAUACCAGAGAAGUACGCUAAACAUGGUACCGAUAUGGAACAAAGACUCAAUAUUUUGUUUGAUCAUUUGAACAAUGAAGAAAUCUCAAAUGGCGUUAUUGAGUUACUUUUGAAGGUUGCUACUAGUUUGGAAUCCAAAGAUUUUGCAAAUGCUACUGCUGUAAACCUUCAAAUUGCUACUGAGCACAGUGACGAAAUUGGAAAUUGGCAUACAGGACUUAAGCGUCUCAUUACUAUGGCAGAGGCUAUGUACUAA